AUGGAUAACAUGAAAGAAACCGGAAAUCCUUCUUCAUGCUCUGAAUCGAUGCUCCCUUCAACUGAAGAAAGCCCUUCCUCUCCAGCAUUUAUACAACCCAAUCUUCCUGCUGUCACAAAUGUUGGGAAAGGUACAGGGGUGAGGAGUUACUCGCUGUGCAACAGGGUUAGAGUUUACACAGAAUUUCUUGAUAUUGCAUUCCCUAAUCGCAUAACAGUGCUGCCCGUUAGUGAUGACAAGUGGGUGGCUUUCAGGUUGGAGUUCCCAAAUGAAGAAAGCAAUUAA